AUGGGACCGGACGGGGCCACCGGUGCCGGCGAGGCGGCCGGCGAGGCGGCCGGCGUCACAGCCGGCGUCGCGGCCGGCGUCGCGGCCGGCGAUAGAGCCGGCGAGGAGGCCGGCGUCACAACCGGCGUCGCGGCCGGCGAUAGAGCCGGCGAGGCGGCCGGCGGCGAGAACAAUCUUGAUAGCCGAGUUCCAGUGGAGAUCUUUGCAAUCCCAUCAGUUAUUGGAAUUGAUUUUUCAUUCAACAACCUUGGUGGACAACUCCCUAUCGAGAUUGGCAAUGCCAAACAACUCAUAUUUUUUCGAGUUUCGUCAAAUAAGCUAUCUGGAGAUGUUCCAAACACUUUGGGUGAUUGUGAAAGUUUGGAAGACAUUGAGUUAGACUCAAAUAUUUUCAGCGGAAGCAUUCCCACUUCAUUGGGCAAGAUAAGCAGCCUCAAUGUUUUGAAUUUUUCUUCCAAUAACUUAACUGGGUCAAUACCAGCAUCUCUUGGCAACCUACAAGUUCUGGAGAAACUUGAUUUGUCAUUCAACCAUCUUCAUGGUGAGGUUCCAACAAAAGGGAUCUUCAAGAAUGCAACUGUUGUGCGGAUUUAUGGAAAUCAGGGGCUUUGCAGUGGGGCAUUGGAGUUGCACAUGCUAACAUGUUCUUUUAUGCCUUCAAAUUCAACUAGGCACAAGGAAUACUUAGUGUUGAAAGUAGUCAUCCCAAUAGCUAGUAUGGUGUCACUUGCUAUGGUCAUAUUUGGAUUAAUUUUCUGGAGAGGAAAACACCAAGGCAAAUCCAUAUCGUCACCAUCAUUUGCUACAAAAUUUCCCAAAGUUUCUUUCAACGAUCUGGCAAGAGCAACAGAGGGAUUCUCAAUAUCCAACUUAAUUGGAAGAGGGAGAUAUAGUUAUGUCUACCAAGGAAAACUAGCUGAAGAAGAAAAUGAGGUUGCUAUAAAGGUCUUCAACCUAGAGACAAGAGGAGCACAAAAAAGCUUCAUUGCAGAAUGUAAUGCAUUGAGAAAUGUGCGGCACCGUAAUUUGCUACCUAUCUUAACCGCUUGCUCCAGCAUUGAUUCUGAUGGUAACGAUUUCAAGGCCCUAGUGUAUGUGUUCAUGCCACGAGGAGACUUACAUAAACUACUAUAUUCAACUCAAGACCAUGAGGGCUCUUCUAAUUUGUACCUUAUCACAAUGGCUGAAAGGAUAAGCAUUUUGGUGGAUGUAGCAGAUGCACUGGAGUACCUACACCACAACAACCAAGGCAUAAUGGUUCAUUGUGAUCUAAAGCCUAGCAACAUUCUUUUGGAUGAGAAUAUGACAGCUCAUGUUGGAGACUUUGGCCUGGCAAGAUUCAAAGUUGGUUCGACUUCAUCAUCUCAGUGUAACUCAAGUUCUUCUUCGGUUGCAGUAAUGGGAACAAUUGGAUACGCUGCUCCAGAAUAUGCAGGGGGUGGUCAAGUUUCAACCGCCGCGGAUGUUUACAGCUUUGGUGUCGUUCUCCUCGAGAUAUUCAUUCGAAGAAGGCCAACUGAUGACAUGUUUACGGAUGGACUGAAUAUCGUGAAGUUUACAGAGAUUAGCUUUCCUGAUAGUGUAUUGGAGAUUGUCGAUCCCCAGCUGCUACAGGAAUCGGAGGAAACUCCAGUAGUAUUGAAGGAAACAAGUGUAAAUGUUCUGCUACCUAUUCUAAACAUUGGCCUUCGCUGCACCAAGGCAUCUCCGGGUGAACGCAUCACCAUGCAUGAGUGGCUGCUAUGCUACAUGGAAUCAGGGAUGCAUAUCUCAAUGCUAACUGAAUAGACAAGUUGUUGUAUAAUUGGCUUUUAUCACAUAGCGUGUAUUUAAGAAGUAUGAGCUAGCUGAACAAGCAAGUCUAUGUAUAGUUGGUAUUUGUCACAUAGCGUGUAUGUAAGGGGCCCAUAUUUAUAAAUCCACACGUUUACGGUGUU